AUGCUGGCCGUAUCGGUAUUGGUGCUCAAAUGGUUGGUUUGGCGCAAGGAUGCUUAUGAUGCCACCAUACCCUAUCUCCAAGAACGAAAACAGUUUGGAACACGGAUUAUAGACUUCCAGGGUAUGCAACAUCAAAUUGCACAAACUGCGGUAGAGAUCGAAGCGGCACGAUUGCUGGUUUAUAACGCUGCAAGGAUGAAGGAGAACAACAUACCGUUCGUUAAGCAGGCCGCUAUGGCGAAGCUGUAUUCAUCGCAGGUAGCAUCAUCAACCACUUCAAAAUGCAUAGAAUGGCACGGUGGAGUGGGUUUCACGAAAGAGUAUCCCGUGGAGAAAUUCUAUAGAGAUGCCAAAGCAGGUACCAUCUACGAAGGCACAUCGAAUGUUCAGUUAAAUACGAUCGCCAAGCUGAUUGAUGCCGAGUAUAAGGGCCUCGUUUAG